AUGUUAAUCUUUACUAGUGUCGCAGGCAAGCGUGGAGAAUUUCCAUUUCUUGGUGGACCUGGCAAACGAGAAGCGCUUGACGAGGAAGAUAAACGGGCACUUUUUGACUUGGUUCAGGGUUUAACGGAUACUGUUGGACAAACUCUUGAAGGAGUACCAGUUCUCGGUGGACUUGCGAGUGGUGUAGUGAAAACAGCUGGAGGACUGGGCAGCGCUACAGGUGCAGGGUCAAGUAUACUUAAAAGGGCUCUUCUUGAUCUGGCACAGGGUUUAAAGGAGAGUGUUGGACAAACUCUUGAAGGAGUACCAGUUGUCGGUGGAAUUGCCAGUGGUGUAGUGAAAACUGCUGGAGGACUGGGUGGUGCUACAGGCACAGGAUCAGGAUUAUUGAAAAGAAACCUGGCAGAUAAAGUCUCUGGUAUAGUGGCUUCCUUGGAGGUACCAUCUCUCGAGCUCUGAGAGCGACAUUAGCCUGGAGGAACUCAACAGAUUUGGACCUAAUAAUGAUGCAGUAAUAAAAUGGACGUCUCCUCUAAAAAUUAUCUGAAAUCAAAGAAAAUGAAAAUUAUAUAAUAACUUUUGCAGAAUGUUUGACAAUAAUAAAUGUUCAAUAAAAGGCAGAUCUGUUGUA